AUGGCACCCGAAAACAAAAGUCCCAUGCGCCGUGGAUCAAACCGAAGUUCUGCGAAGUCUCCUUCCAAGUCAGUAAAGUCCAGCCCUAGCAUCUUCAAAAAGGCUCCAGAGAAAAAACCCAAGCUUCUUCCAAAAUCCCGACAGUUCAGGGGUUAUGUUCAACCACCAGUGAAUGAACGUCUGGUACAAAUCAAGAAUUUCCUCGCCGAUGAAGACCCAAAUCGAAAGUUGGGAUUUGGCGAAAAGCUUGCGGAGAUUGACGAAUACAUUAAAUACAUUGAAGAUGAGAACAUCGACCGUGAUGCUGGUCUUUUUCGCGAUGUUAAAAGCAUGUCAGAGGUUCAUCAUGACUGGGAUCAACGGGUUAAAGAUGGUCCUCCGGAUACGACUUGUUGCGAUGCGCCCUCUAUCAACCCAGUGUCGGCCCGUUUGAUAUCGAGGGAAGAAGCUGAUAGAUUGAAGGAGCAAAAGAUAGCAUCAGGUGUGCAAAGUCAAAUGCGAGAAGAUCAUCCUCCUUUCACUGUUGAUAGACAAGCUGAUGAAGAUGAGUUUCUUCAAGCACUCACACAAUCAGCCCAAGAGGUUACUGCUUUAAUAGAUGAAAGUACUAAUUUGACUUGGGUGGAGGGGCGCGCAUACGAAUGGGCAUUGAGAGAACCGGCACUGAUUCCAUAUUGGAUGCACGAUACUAAAGGACUUCCUAAGAGUGGUGUCAAGCCUGGAGAUUCUGAUCCCUGGUGUCGAAAGCAUGGUGGAGGGCAGCCACUGUUCAAUCAACAAGUUAGGCCUCCCAUGCAAAAUCUACCGGACUAUCUAGAAGCGGUGCAAAACAAAAUCAAUAGUUUGAUUACGCUUGGCUCCAGGCGAACUGAGCAAGAGCAGGCGGAGUUGGAAGACUAUAUGGAGAGCUUGGAACCGAAAUCAUUGCAGAAACUACAUAAACUGUACAAGGCAAAGGCAGCUGCAUAUUUGGAAAGACAGACGACAUGGACAGAAAACACUCCCGACGAUGAACGAGACUUCUACCGCACAGAAUUUCAGUCUGCGCAAACGAGUUAUCGAAGGAAAGCGAGGCAUUGGCGUAGAAAAUUUGGACCCGAGGGUGUACAGUUCAUGGUUGAAGAUCCGACGAAGAAAAACCAGAAGGCCCCAGGCGUCUUUUACUUUCCAGACGAGAGUACGCUGGAUCCAGAUGUGAAGGAAGGAGUAGAUGCUAUGAACGCGUCUAUACUACGAGACACUUUUCAGUACGGUUGGAAGAGCAUCCCUCUGGGACUCAAAAUGACCGCCUUGGUGCUUCUAUGGAAGGCUGGAGUUCUUAGCGAGAAAUCUAGAGAAAUUUACUUUCUUGCUACUGAAGACGGUUCACAGCAAGUUCUGCACCAAAAAGCGAUUGAGCAAUUUUCUCGGGAUAUGAAUGAGAUAUCCCGCAAAUAUCAGGCGAUUCGAAUCUUGCGACCUGGAGAGUUGAUACCGCCUACGAAAACCGAAGGAGUUCUACGGAUUAAAUUUAUACCAUCAGAUGAAUAUCUAGAAAGUGGAAGAGUUUUGCUGGAAAAGCAGGAACAUCUAGACGACGAGACUAAUAUGCCUGUUGACACGGAUGUUGCAAUCGACUGGAAACCGAAAGCACAACGACGGGGUAUUCGACGGGCUGCAAUUGAACUUGGCCUUAAUCUCCUUUGUGCUAAUCAUGAACAACAUCGGCCGAAAGACAAAUUUAGGAUCUUAGAGCUACCUUCACGAUAUAUCUCUAAGGACCUGCCGGAAGUGUCUUUAACGAUUCCACUAGAGCCGCAUAAACGUCCUGUGGAAAUGGACACAUUUGAGUACACCAAAGAGGUAGCAGCUUACCACCACGAUACCGACCUUGCAUACAGUGAAGCACGGAAGAGAGUUAUGUCUUACGAUGCAAUAGAACUGCCUCCACCAGAGAACUAUAGAGGACCAUUCGAGGUUGGGACCGCUGAAACAAUGUUGAAACUCUUCCAAAAGAAAUUAAAUACCAUGUACGAGAUCUAUAGGUCACUAGCUUAUAUUUCUGAGGUAUACCCACGUCCUAUUAUCAAUAGAAUGCUUGCCCGAGUUGAAGAAGGCCUUCAUCUCCAGCCUGGAGAGCAAAAUGAGUUUAUGAUAAUGCGCCCUGACGAGAACGGAAAAGAAUUGGAAGUUGUAGAUUUAUCUCAGGCAGAAAUUGAGCUUUUUGAUGAACUCACCGAACCUUCAUGGGAUGAAUUGCGAAGACCAUAUGAUCUCGCCCAACUUCCGGGUUGGAGGAGCCGGCAACUUCAAGAGCUUCAGGAAUUCGAUCAAGCAGUCGACGAACUCGGAAACCAGAUUCCUCUUUGGGAUUCUGUGAAAGCGAAACGCGUAUUAAAGAACAAAAUUGAACUGUUCGAGCAGGCUGCGCAUGAUCCGAAAGUUCGAAGUAAGAAGGCAAUGAGUGUGUCCAAAUUGAUGCAAAUUCUCAAUGGCCCGCGCCUGGAGCGAGGUGAGCUUCUUUGGACCGAAACUAGAGUAAUAGCUUUUCUUAAUGCCAUGAAGGCACACGACGUCAUUCAUUUCGAUAAUGACGAGCCCCAGCAAGUUUCGCGUAUUCCCUACACCGGUCACCCAGAGAAUCGCUAUGUCAUCUCUCGCGCGGCAGCACCCAACUCUCCUGGUGUAUAUCAAAAUACGGAUGGUCAUUACGUGGUGCGCUACGACGAAGAUGGAACAGUUGGGAUUCUCACUGUACAGCCAAAUAAGUGGUACCACUUCCAGCAGAUUGCGUUUCGUCUUGGUCGCUACAUCUCUCAACUUUUGACUUGGUCUGCCGAAUACAAAGCCGUCUAUCUAGACCACGCGCAAACUCAAUACGAUCAACACAAAGAAUGCGACGAUUUGAUCACUCUUGCGAUCGGAGAUGAAAAUAGCCAGAGUGGAUGUGCCGAAAUCUCUGCUCCCAAUAUUAGACAUCUGGCGUAUGACCUCCAUGCUGUUGCUCCAGAUCUGGCUGAGGAGGCGGGCUUGGUCUUCCAAUCCAAGGAUUACGAUGACACGGCGGAAGGACAGGCCAUCGUCAGAGAAGCUGAAGAGACUGGUCUACCUCCACGUGCGCCUGUAGAAAUGACGACAAGACAAGCUGCGAAAUUACUGAACAUGCAAGUUACCCAGGAGCUGAACAACAACUGGGAAUCCAGGUUUCCAGAAAAUGAACGGAUUUGGGAUUUUGCUGCUCACCGGAUCGCAGCACAACCUCAAAAGUCAGAUGACGGAAAUACAGUCUUCGCAAAGCCAGCUGUGCAGAAGUUCUUUUCAAUGAGAAGAUUUCCUGUAUGUUGCCAAAGUGAAGAAACACAAGAACGAAUCAGAAACAGUGGCGUGGUUCUGCAGGAAAAGUCCAAAGCUGCCACGCAAGAAGACAUUGAGGCACAGUAUGAGAGCGGGAUGAGCAGACGUGAAGAGAGACCUGGUGAAAUUUACAGAGGUGGGAAGAUGGAACCCAUGUUUCCAUUUGGGGAGACGCCGUACCAGGAGAACUUUUUAAGUUGGCAGAUGGAACAAGCUCUCAAAGAUGUACCCCGAUUCCAAUCUCCACGUCCCUCUCGCUGGACCAUGCCCACUUUCACCCUCCCUCGCUUCAAGUUAGUGACCUUAUCUCCCAAGCCACCGCCUAAUCCAUUCGAUCUUCCCGCUCUCCCGAAAAGUUUCGACCCUGUCUCUCAGACUGAAGAGGAGAAGAGAUUUGAGGACAUUGAGGCACGUAGAGAGGAAGCAAGGAAGGAUCGAGCUCAAAAUCCGAAUAGUAAGGCGCCUAAUCCGGAUAUAUUGGAGAACUUUUAUUCCCAAGCUGAGGUUGGGGAUAUGAUUGAACGGGAGGAGUACAUGGAAAAGUUGAGAGGAGCAGCUAGAUUUAGAGAACCUGUUGAAAGGCACGUAGAAGAACGAUAUGAUGAAGUGACAGUUGAAGAUGAGGAAAUGGCAAUGCAGGAACUAAGUGUCGAUCCGGAGAAGCUCGCUUCGUCACUAUCUCCAAGGUUAUCGAGGGAUGCUGAUGCUCUUGCAAGUCCUAGAGUCACGGAUUCCGACGGUGGGAGAGGAGUGAAGAGAAUGGCGGAAGGACCACCGAUGGAUGAGGUAUCGCCUAAAAGGGUGGCAUUUGGGGGUAGGGAGUAUCGGAGUGUCAGCGCUGAGAGUAUCGAUGAGAGCGAGGAUAGCUUUGGGUAA